UGGGUCGUACUAGCAUGACGUCAACCAUAGAAAUGAAACGACCUCCCUCCGACGCCGCGCUGUCCCGCCUCAUUUCUCGGCUUGGAACAUGGCCGCCCUAGCAACGCCGGCGCUUGAGGGAUGGACCAGGUACCAACAGAAUGGCAGCUGUUUUAGUGCUUCAGAUGCUCUUCAACAUUUUCAGAGCUGGAAGAUCAAAACUGAUCAAGUUAAGAAAAUUGAAUUUAUAAGAACAGGCAAUAAACUAAAAAAUCAACUUGUGAAACUUGAAAAGGAUAAGAAUGUUCUUCUUUUCAAUAAGAAGAGUGAAGUCAAGUGUAUAUUUGUUCAGUUUAUACAUCCUUUUGCAAGAUGUAUGUUCAUGAAAGUUAGGCACAGAAUUAGUCGCAUUAUUUUUUAUUCUAUGUUAAAUGAUUUAUUUAUAUUUUUAAUUUUUUUUAGUUAUGAUGAACUUCUAAGAGACGAGAAUGCUGCUACAAAUGAGAUCAGUGCCUUAGAAAGAAAAAUCGAAAUGUGGGCUGUAGGAACUUCAGCUGCAAGAAUUUUCAAGCAAUGUGUAUUUCCAGUACAUAAGGAAAUCCAAAAUCAGUUUCCUAAAGAAGUCCUUGAGCUUGAAAGAUUUCUUCAGCAAACUGGAGGAAGGCAAGGAGGUUGGGAUGAAUGUGAUCAUCAAAUCUUCCUAAAAAUUUGGAGAAAACAUAAAGGGAAACCAUCGUACAUCACUGAAACCCUCGAAUACCUCCCUGAUAGAACAAAGGAAGACAUUCAAUCACAUGAGAAGUGGCAUAAAGAAUUUCUAAUUUUAGAGUCACAGAAAAAGGAGGCCAUUAAAAAAUGGAAGAUAAAGAAACAAGAAAAGUGUAAAAUCUUAGUCCAGAAAGAGAAUCCUGAGGAAGUGCCCGCUGAUAUUCAACGUGAGCGUGAAGAAGCUCUGAAGCAGAAAACUGAAGAGGAAAGGAAAAAACGAUUAGCAGAGCUUGAAGCAUGGAAGAAAGACAAAGCACUUGCAACUGCAGCAAAACAGGAAGCUCAGUUAAAAGAGGAAGAAGAGAAGGAGAAAAAAAAACAGAGAGAACGUCAGCGGCAACUUCAAAUGAAGUUACUGUUGGAAGAUUAUAGUAGAGAGAAAAAGGAACAAGAAGAGCUGCUGAGACUUGAAAAAGAAAAAAGAGAGGAAGCUGAAAGGGAAGAGAAGAAAAGAUUUGCAGCAGAAGAAAUUGUUAAAUUCCAAGAACGAGAUCUGCAUAAACUUGAGCUAAAGUUUCUAGAAAAGCAGGCAAAGGAAGAUGAAAAGAUUGAAAAAGAAAAAAGAUUGUCUAAGCUGAGAAAGAAGGUUCACAUUAAUGUAACUCGGGAUCCAUGCAGGUUAUUCAGACCGACAAAAGUUUGGGAAGAACGAACAAAAGAGAUUGGGCCUGUAGGUACAGGGCCAGUGUUAUACAUUCCUCAUAGGGCUGUCCCAAGUUGGCGACAGGGAUUAUAAUUGGACAUCUGCAAAUAAUUUAUCUGAAGAAAAUAUAACAUUAUGUAUUGUUAUAUUAGUUUGUAUUAUAUAUGAGAAAUGUUGUACAUAUGCAUAUAAAUGUUAUGUUAAAUAAAAAUCAAGUACACAUUGUUUCAUUGUGUAAAGUACUUGCAAAAGCUUUUUUUUGGUUUGUAUUUUUUUUCUUUAGAACCUGGAUUUAGCAAGUGAUCUCUUUCUGUAAAGCUCAGAAAAAAGUUAAUGUAUUGCUUUCUACAUACUUUCAUGGUUAUUUUCAGCCCAGAAAUAAAUAGAAAAAAUUAACACAAGUGUUUUUUUCUUUGCUUUACUUAGUAGAUUGAUUACAUAAUGUAUCUCAGAUUAAUUUAAGAGGGUAAGCAGAUAAUAUCUUCAAUGUUCCUAAAAUGGGAAAGAAAAUAAUAAGCUCUUGUUAUAGAGAAAUGAUUUGUUUCUUAAUCGUUAUCCUUCAAAACUAAUAAUUUUUACAAAUAAAAUAACAGAUUUAAAAACCCUAGAAAGAGGUACAGUAUUAUUUUCUUUCUGCAGUCUUCCAAAAAAUUGAAAAUAUUUCAAAGUAAGCUUGUCUAUGAUUAAGUUAUGCAUCUUAAACUUUAUUUUAAAAUGUUACAAAAAACAUAAAAACUAAGACAAACUAAUAAAAAAAAAGCAGAAAAAAGUCAGUUGUGCCAAAAGGGAAAGAAAUAGAAACUUCUGAUUUCUUUUACAGCAAAUAUACUGUCAAUACAACUACAAAAUUAUCUCUUACUCUAUGAUAACAAA